AUGGAGGGCGCACGGCUGGCGAGGCUCGAACUGCGCCGGGCCGACCUGCGCUUUCCCCUGCCCCGCGAUCUGCCGGCGGCGCUCGAAGGCCGGACGAUCACGUCUGUCGGCCGGCGGGCGAAAUAUCUGACGUUGCAUUUCGACAGCGGCGCGGUGCUGAUCAGCCAUCUGGGCAUGUCCGGCUCCUACCGCGUCGAGGACGGCGCGGACGCCGCCAUCCCGGGGAUGUUCCACCACGAGCGCUCGAAGCUUUCCGCGCACGACCAUAUUGUCUUUCAUCUGACCCGCCGGGACGGGACCACCCGGCGCGUCACCUACAACGACCCGCGCCGCUUCGGCUUUGUCGAUCUCGACCGCGCCGAGACGCUGGCAGAGAACCAGUACCUGCGCGGGCUGGGGCUCGAGCCGACGGGCAACGCGCUCGACGGCGACCGGCUGGCGGUGAUGCUCGCCGGCAAGGCGGCACCUCUGAAAGCCGCCCUUCUGGACCAGCGGCUGAUCGCGGGCCUGGGGAACAUCUAUGUGUGCGAGGCGCUGUGGCGUGCGCGGCUUUCGCCGCGACGCAAGGCCAGAACGCUUGUCACGCGUGCUGGCCGACCGACGCCCCGCUGCCACUCCCUGGCCGACGCCGUGCGCGACGUCAUCGCCGACGCGAUCGCCGCCGGCGGUUCGUCGCUGCGCGACUAUGUGCAUGCCGACGGAUCGCUGGGCUAUUUCCAGCACAGCUUCGCCGUCUACGGGCGCGAGGGCGAGCCCUGCCCGCACGAAGCGUGCGAAGGCACCAUCCGGCGCAUCGUCCAAAGCGGGCGGUCGACAUUCUACUGUCCGGCAUGCCAGAGAUAG